UAGAAAGCAAUCGCCCGCGGUAUUAUCCAUCCACCACGCUGCAUCUGCUUCUCACGCCGCCUCGCCUUCCUCUUCCACCCCUCGCCGUCCGUCGUCCUCAGCGCUUGUACGCUUGCCUCAAAACCCCUGGCGCCGUGCUAAAACCCUAGCCCUCGAAUUCCUUCCCCUGCCCGCGCGGAGCAGACGAGCCUGAGCCCGUCCUCCUCGUCCAUGGCGUCCUCAGGGGCCGCCGCUAACCUCUGGGUACUGCUUGGUCUCGGCAUCGCGGGCGUUCUCCUGGCGGCGCGGCGACUGAGGCGCCCUGCGCGCCCCGAUCACGGCGCCUUCGUCGCCCGCCUCGAGCUCCUCCCGCCGCCCCAGCCUCCGCCGCCGCAGGCGCCCCACCCGCUCACCGGACUCUGCUUCGCCAUCGCUGACGCAUUGCAUGUCAGUGGUUAUAUUACAAGUUUCGGCAGUCUUGAAUGGGCAAAGACACACAAUGCAGAAGUGCUAACAUCUUCAGUGGUUUCAGCUCUUGUUGAUGGUGGUGCUAUUUGUGUUGGGAAAACUGUUAUUGAUGAGAUGGCAUACAGUAUCCAUGGUGAGAAUAGAUAUUUUGAUACACCAACAAAUCCUGCCGCUCCAGAUCGAGUACCAGGAGGAUGUUCAAGUGGAUCAGCUGUUGCAGUUGCUGGUGGAAUGGUAGAUUUUGCCCUGGGUAUUGACUCGAUUGGAGGUGUAAGGAUACCUGGUGCUUAUUGUGGUGUCUUAGCAUUCAGGCCUUCGCAUGCUGUGGUUUCCAAUAGUGGUGUCAUUCCUGUUGCACCUAGCCUGGACACUAUAGGUUGGUUUGCAAAGGAUCCAAGUGUUUUGCAUCGUGUUGGGCAUCUUCUUCUUAGACUUCCUUAUGCUGGUAUUCGCCAACCGAGAAUUUUUUACAUAGCAGAUGAUUGCUUUGAACUUUCAAAGAUACCUGCUAGGAGACUUACUCAGGUGGUGACAAAAUCUGUGGAGAAGCUCUUUGGAAGACAAGUCCGGCAUGUGAAUCUCGAAAAUUAUUUGAGUUCAAGAAUAUCCAGCCUGGGUAACUAUUCAAAUGGGCAUAAGAAUGGGGAUUCAAAGUUCCCUCUGUUGCUAGCACUUUGUAACUCCAUGAUAUCACUUCACAAGCAGGAAUUCAAAGAUAAGCAUAUGGAGUGGAUAAAUUCAGUUAAGCCUGCUGUGGAUGCACGCAUAGUCAGUGAUUUGUCUGAGGAUGGUGAUUCAGAUAUUGAUGGCUGCCAAAAUGUGAGGAAAGAAGCGCGCUCUGCUCUAAGUGGACUUCUUAAGGAUGAUGGGAUUCUGGUGAUUCCAACUGCUUUGGGGUGCCCCCCGAAGCUUAACGCUAAGGAACUCUCGUCUGAAAGCUACAAUUCUCAGACACUACGCCUUUUGUCUUUAGCUAGCAUGUCAGGGUGUUGCCAGGUUUCCAUUCCUUUGGGUACACAUGAUAAGUGCCCCAUUUCAGUUUCGUUGAUUGCUAGGCAUGGUGGUGAUCGGUUUUUGUUGGACACCACACAAACCAUGUAUACAACCAUCCAAGAGCAAGUGGAGAUACUAGCGAAAUCUAGUGUUUCAAGUAAACAGGCGAUGAAUGAAGAAGCAGCUGAAGCUGCUAAAGAGAAAGGUAAUGCUGCAUUUAAGGAAAAACAAUGGCAAAAGGCAGUAAAUUUCUACACUGAAGCAAUAAAGUUAAAUGGAAAAGUGGCUACAUACUACAGCAACAGAGCUGCUGCCUUUCUAGAACUAACUAGCUACCGUCAGGCUGAGGCAGAUUGCACAAGUGCCAUCGAACUUGAUUCCAAGAGCGUGAAAGCUUAUUUACGGAGAGGCACUGCAAGGGAGAUGCUAGGUUAUUAUAAGGAGGCCGUUGAUGAUUUCAACCACGCCCUUGUUCUAGAACCAAUGAACAAGACGGCUGGUGUUGCCAUCAACAGGUUAAAGAAGCUGUUUCCUUGAAUAUGAAGCUGCAUGAAGAUAUGAUAACCUCAUAUUUUGUGCACACACAAGGGGUGGGAUUGAAGUACCUGAGUUCAACCGACGGAUGCUGAUCACAGUUUGAGCUAGUGGGAACGGAUUUCAACACUGAGAUCAGGUUAAGGGUCAAUUUAGCGGUUUCUCUCCCCACCCAAAGUUUUGGAAAAGCAAAAUAAAGAAGGUUUUUUGGGAACCGGAAAGCAGUUUACGGGUGUCCGCCAUCCCCACCAUGUAUAAUAUAGUUUCGCCAAUUAUUUGUUCAGACGCUUUGC